GCAGACAACAGAGCGCAAGUUGUUUACGCGUAAAUAGUGUGUGAAAUAUUCAGCUAAAUAUCUGUGCUAGUGCAGGAAAAGUAUUAUCUCUGUUCGCUGAAAGUUUUGCAAGUGCAUUAUCUCGCAAUGCCCGACAUCGAAGAACAGGUCGAAACAAAACCCGUCCUAGAACCGGCGAUGGUUGCGGAUGAUGCAGCAGCAGCGAAACAACCGGAUAAGGAGCGUUUGUCAAGAAGCGCCAGUCCGCCAGCUAACCGAUUGAAAUCUGUCGUCACCCGAAUGAAGGACACGAUAGAGGAAGGCGAACUGACUUCAGAUCGUUCUCGCUCUAGAUCACGUUCUCGUUCCCGAUCACACUCCGACAUCGAUAGGAAAUAUGAUUCCCGCAGUAAAAGGUACGAAAGACAUCGACGUAGCCGUUCCAGAAGACGUACCCGGUCACGCUCACGGUCUAGGUCCCGGUCGCGUUCACGUUCCAGGAGUCGAUCUCGUCGUUACGGCGGGAACCGAAGACGGCGCCGGUCUUAUUCUAAUUCGCGUUCCCGCUCCUAUUCGCGAUCCCGAUCAAGAUCUCGUUCACGUGAUCGACGCCGCAAUAUCCGCAGGGACAAUGAAACAGGCAGAGCGAGGGAAACUACAAAGGGUCAUGAUCAACGCCCAAGACCCGAACGCAAGGAGGAAGGUGACGAGUCAUUGCUUCGCAAUGAAAAACCAGCCAUCCGCAAAACGGUGGACCUGUUGACAUCCAAAACGGGAGGAGCGUACAUUCCACCGGCCAAGUUGCGUAUGAUGCAGGCGGAAAUUACGGACAAAUCUUCGGCAGCCUAUCAGCGCAUUUCGUGGGAAGCAUUAAAGAAGUCCAUUCAUGGGUUUAUCAACAAGGUGAACGUGGACAACAUUGGUGUGAUUACGCGAGAGCUGUUGCGUGAAAAUAUAAUCCGCGGACGUGGGUUGCUCUGCCGGUCCAUCACUCAAGCGCAGGCAGCAUCCCCGACCUUCACACACGUGUACGCAGCAUUGGUGGCUAUCAUAAACUCCAAGUUUCCCAACAUUGGAGAACUGCUGCUGCAGCGCUUGGUCAUACAAUUCAAGCGUGGGUUCCGACGCAACGACAAAUCCAUUUGCCUUUCGGCAUCCCGCUUCGUAGCGCACUUGGUCAAUCAACGCGUCGCUCAUGAGAUUCUUGCACUGGAAAUUUUAACGCUGCUCGUUGAAAAUCCUACCGACGAUUCGGUGGAGGUAGCGAUCGCAUUCCUGAAGGAGGUCGGCCAAAAGCUGACGGAAGUUUCGGGAAAAGGCAUUAAUGCGAUCUUUGAAAUGCUAAAAAAUAUUCUACACGAAGGGAAGCUGGACAAGCGCGUUCAGUACAUGAUCGAGGUGGUGUUUCAAAUUCGAAAAGAUGGAUUUAAAGACCAUGCCGCUGUAGUCGAUGCGCUCGAGCUAGUGGAAGAAGAUGAUCAGUUUACCCAUCUCAUCAUGUUGGACGAAGCAACCGAUACACAGGACAUACUAAAUGUUUUCAAGGUGGAUGCGGAGUAUGAAGCAAACGAGGCAAAAUAUAAAGACAUCAGUCGAGAAAUUCUCGGCAGCGAUGGAGAGGACGACGAUGAUGGUGAUAAAAGUGACUCAUCGAGCGGCGAAAGCGAUUCUGGCGACGAUGAAGGCGGCAGCGACUCCGAUGAAGGGGAUGAUGGUAAGAAAAAACAGGACACCAUCAUCGAUAACACGGAGACAAAUCUAAUUGCCUUGAGACGGACGAUCUAUCUGACGAUCCACUCCAGUCUCGAUUACGAAGAAUGCGCGCACAAGCUGAUGAAGAUGGAGCUGAAGCCGGGCCAGGAGCAGGAACUCUGUCACAUGUUUCUCGACUGCUGUGCCGAGCAGAGGACGUACGAAAAGUUUUACGGUCUACUUGCGCAACGGUUCUGCAUGAUAAACAAAAUCUAUAUCGCACCGUUCGAGCAGAUCUUUCAAGACACGUACACAACGACGCACCGAUUGGACACGAAUCGGUUGCGCAAUGUGAGCAAAUUUUUUGCCCAUCUACUGUUUACCGACUCCAUCGGCUGGGAUGUAUUGCAAUGCAUUCGUCUUAACGAAGAGGACACCACCAGCUCGAGCCGCAUAUUCAUUAAAAUUCUUUUCCAAGAGCUCGCCGAGUAUAUGGGAUUGUUUAAGCUGAACGCCCGGCUCAAGGAUCCAACACUGCAGGGACCAUUUUCCGGUCUGUUUCCGAGAGACAACCCGAAGAACACCCGGUUUGCCAUCAAUUACUUCACAUCGAUUGGGCUUGGCGGGUUGACGGAUGAGUUGCGUGAAUUUUUGAAGCAUGCACCGAAACCAAUCGUUCAGCCAUUGCCUGCACCGGUUGCAUCGAGCGGUUCAAGUGACUCCGAAUCCAGCAGCUCAGAUUCGGAUUCCGACAGCUCGUCAUCGGAUUCAUCCUCUUCGUCCAGUGAUUCCAGCAGCAGCAGCAGCAGCUCAGAAUCGGAGGAAGAAUCGAGCAAAAGGAAGCAAAGAAAGAACAAAGAGAAGGAAAAUGCUUCGAGGAAACAGAAAAAAUCAGAGAAGCAAAAACAAACUGAUCAGAAAUCAAACAAUAAACGUGACGAUCGCACAGAUAGGAGAAAACAGCAAGAGGAAAAAGGUGAUGUGACACGCGAUAAAUAUGAUCGUUCGAGAAAGAGCGAAAGACAUCCCAACGAGAAUGAAAACCGGCAGCACCGGCAGCGUGGUGGUGAGGACGAUGAUUACAAUCGCAGCAGGGAACAACAAUUUUCUAGACAUCAUCGUGAUGAAGCGGUUCCAGACAAACGUCGUGAACGGGAUCGUGACCGUGAUCGCCAACUGGAUCGCACACGUGAUCGUGAAUCCAAGAGAGAUCCCGAUCGCCGUGAACGGGAUCACCGUGAUCAUCGUGGGCGCCGUUGAAUGUGCAUUCGCGUAUGUACAACUGCUGUAAUGUAAUUGGUUUAGAAAUAAAUGUUUUUCCAAGUGUGA